AUGAAGUGGUCGGAGGAGAGUGAUGUGAUACAGAGGGCCAACGGUACUGAUGCCGGCCUGGGUGCGUCCGUGUGGACUCGUGAUGACGAGCAAGCUACACGCAUCGCUGGCCAGCUACAAGCUGGCAAUAGUGGGCUUAGAGUGGAGCAUUCCGUGGAAGGUCUCAAGGCGUAUUGCAACGUCCGAUCCGUCUUCCGAAAACCAUUUUAG